ACUUCCACACACUGCAGCUGCACGCAGAGCGAUAAACUGCUUGUCGAAGGAUUAGUGUAGCUCAUAGAUGUUCUGGUACAUCACGUUAGUGCCAGCCGACUGGCAUGAUGAGCGCAGAGAACGAAGAGCCAACAAAGCAUACGCCUACUCCCGGCAAGGGUUGGGAAGAAGUUCGUCAAUUGGCCAGGAAAAUAAAUAGUUUGGGAAGGUGCCAUUUCAGCUAUCAUUACGAUGAAGCCUCUGUUCGUCUAUGUUUGUCCACGUUCAAGUCGGUCGCUGGGUCAUCAUGGUGCGAAAUCUAGUGGGAGUACAUGACAAGUCAGAUUCAUCGCGUUUUACAAGCGACAUCGUCUACCCAUUAUGGAAGUGAGCGGCUGCGCGGUCCGUAGUACACAUUUAAUCAAUGUUGGAAACUUGGAAUAUAAAGCGCUGGACGGCCUGUUUUCCGUCCUUGACGCGUCACGUCGAACAGUCAUUGCAUCGUCCCCUCGUUUGCUUGCUCUUCAAAUUCUUUCUCUUUGAACAAGCAUUUCUUUAGGUGAAGAUGGUACUGGAUCUUUUGGAAGUGACUGGGCCGUCCUUGGCUUACAUCGUCCUCGGUGGAUUUGUAGUCGCUUUCAGCAUGGUCUCUCUCCUCGUGAAGGAGAAGAUGUACCUAAAUGAAGUAGUCCUCGGUACUGCGUUCGGCAUCCUUAUGGGGCCAUACUGUGCCAAUAUCUUUGAUCCACGAUCUUGGGGCUCGUUGACGAACACUAUUACUUUGGAGGUCAUGAGAAUCGUACUCGCGACUGGUCUGUUUGCCAUUGGGGUUGAGCUUCCUCAAAGCUACCUCGCUGAUCAUGCAAAGGGAUUGCUAGUUAUGGUGGUACCUACCAUGGCUUUUGGCUGGGUCGUUGUUGCAGCUAUCAUCAAAGCCCUGUUCCCGAUGUACAGCUUUGUCUCUGCUCUUGCCGUUGCAGCUUGUCUGACACCUACAGAUCCUAUUAUCUGCGCAGCUAUUGUCGGCGGGCAGUUCGCAAUCAAGCACGUCCCGACAAAUCUUCGGCGGAUCCUAGCAGCCGAAUCUGCUGCCAACGACGGUCUCGCCUACCCCUUCCUGUCAAUUGCCAUUUACCUUACAGUUGAACAAUCCACAACGGUGGCAAUUGGAAAGUGGUUCUUAGUUGGCUGGUUAUACCAAGUGAUCAUGGGCGUCGUGUUAGGCGCAACACUAGGUCAGGCGUUCUGCUACCUCAUGAAAUACACACAACGGAAGGGUUUCAUCGAUCGUGAAUCUUAUGUCGCCCAAUACCUCGCUCUUGCGCUUUUCACCAUCGGCGUUACGAGCACGAUUGGUAGUGACGACCUUCUAGCAGCGUUCGCAGCGGGUUCCGCAAUCUCCUGGGAUGGUUACUUCAACAUUCAGACCGAAAACGAAAUCUUCUCCUCGGUUAUUGAUUUGGUUCUCAAUUGCGGAUGUUUCGUUUACAUCGGCGCCUGGCUUCCCUUUGCUGCCUUCAACUCCCCUGACUUGGAUAUUGUUCCGUGGAAAUUGGUGGUUUUGUUCUUGGCGGUGUUGGUGUUGAGAAGAAUUCCGCCGUUGCUGUUGCUUUAUAGGUGGGUGCCAGAGAUCGACGGGUGGAAGGAAGCACUAUUCAGUGGGCAUUUUGGACCGAUGGGCGUAGGUGCCGUGUUCAUCUCUACACUUGCGUUAACGCGUCUUCCCCAACCUCACUCGCCUCCGAGGAAUCAAGAAGAAUACCUCGCAGCUACGCUCCAAACGAUCGUUUCCUUCAUUGUCCUUGGCUCCAUUCUUAUUCACGGACUAUCAAUUCCCUUCUUUUCCUUUGGCCGCAAGAUUCACUCCCGCACGAUCUCAAUGUCCCGCACUCGGACUUCCCGACAGCCCAUAAACUCGGAUUGGCCCCUCUGGAUUCGCCGUUUGCCCGCUUCGCCCAAUUUUCUGCAGUCGCAUGCUACACUUUCCCAUUAUGCCGAACGUACAGGCUCUCAGGAUGAAUCGGAGAACUGCGCUGACGCCGUUAUCAACCUCGAUGCCGAGAAAGAUGACGGCACUCAUGAUCAGAGUCAAGAUGGGACUGGAUUGUACAAAGGAGUGGAAAGCGACUUGGGCGGAGAUGCCCUUGUUGUACGUGAAAUUGAGGUAACUGAGGAUACGGACGUUUCGGCGACUAGUCAGAACGAAGCGACAAGGGCUGACUUGAAGGAGUCAGGGAUGAUUGAAGGUGUGGGAGAGCGAAAUACGAAUGUGACCAAGAGGAGGUUCUUGAGCAGAGGAGAUAUUGAGAAAGGGAUGGAAAUGAUGGAUACACGCCGUUACGAGCAUUUCGUAGGAGAUAAGUACAGGUACAAGUGGAACUCAAACUCCUUCCACGCCCCUCCGGAUUUACACCCGAGACCAAUUUCAAGAUGGCUUCUUCAUCUCUAAGGAGCAACCGAAUGACCGUUCUUCUCCCGAUCAGCUUCAACCUGCAUCUUGCAAGGGUAGUGACGCCCAAGCUCAGGAAGACCACGGGGAUGAGAUACCUUCCACUGUUCGGACCUCGUCUAGGACGGUUCGCACCCCUUCUGAUCAAUAACAUUGGCUGGGCCUCUGUUGGGGUCGAUACUGUGUGCAUUUCUGGAGACGGGUGUUAAUUCUUGCAAGCAGUCGCUUACGAACGUACCGCAUAGUGUCUGGAUUUGCCGUCUUUCUUGCAGAACAAGCGAUGGUUCGUAAAUUAAUCUCACGUCUCUUUUAUCGACUACUUUACCCGCUAGAGGUCUGUUGUGUAUACUCUAAAGUUUCAUUUCGUUUCACAACAUCUACUGUAUAGAAUUUUUAGAAUCACUUCAAAAAUAUGCCGCUUGUAGAUACACCUUAGUGCGCUAAUAUGAACGAACAUACUUGCUACAAUAAGGCGAUUUAUGCGAUUCGGAUUGUCAGACUAUGGACCGGUCAUUAGUCAUGUUCAAAAGUACAAGUCCCC